AUGUCGCCGCGUCCCUCGGGCCCCGACGGCUCCGUGUCCGGCGCCGGCUCCCGUCCGGGCUCAAGUGCCACCAACACCGCAAAGUUGCGCAGAGCACAUCGCAAGUCGCGCAACGGCUGCUGGGAAUGCAAACGUCGCCACAUCAAGUGCGACGAGGCCCGUCCGUCCUGCAGCAACUGCGUUGUCAGUGAGCGCACCUGCUCCUUCCCGCACUCGGCAUCUCCCUCCGCUUCAGCGUCAACGCCAGCAUCCACCUACACAUCAACGCAUACCUCAGCUACGACUCCCGCUCCCACGGGCAUCAACAGUCCUGCUCGGAGUCCUGCUGAUAGCACGACCAGUUCCGGAGCCGUCUACCCGUCUCAGUAUCCGUUACCAUCGGUCUAUGGCGCUCGAGGGUUCCCCAUCGUUGAGGAUGCUUCUCCUCCCACCUUGCCCUCGUUCAACGAGUUCUUCGCCGGCUCUCCCUCGUCAUCUCUGCCAGAUGCCCCGCCGCAACCCGUCUUCACUGCGAAGCAUCUUAUUCUCUUCCACCACGUCCAGACGGGCAUGAUCAACUCCAUGAACUUCAUGCCGGCCUGUAUCAACAUCGCCAUAGAAUGGGCCCAAGAGGCCCCCUACGCUAUGGACCAGCUACUCGCCCUCGGCGCCGAUCACCUAGCCAUGCACUCACCCGAAAACUCCGCUGCCCACCGCCGCGAUGCCACGGAGCUCCAGACGCGCGCCUUGAUGUGGUUCAACCAUGACACCAAGGAGACUAGCGGGUUAAACUCGGACAGACUCACCGUUCCGCGCUUCCUCUUUGCCGGACUCCUCAGCAUUAACAUGCUCUACGAGACGUUGACCUACUACCGCUCCAGUUACCAUGUCUUUAUCGAUCGGUUCAUCGAGUCCACCCACAUGCACCGCGGUGUCCGCACCAUCAUCGGUAACUCGUACGAUGUCAUCCUCGAGUCCGCACUCCAUCCGUUUAUUUACAAUGUCAAGGUGGCCUCCCUGUCAGAUCACCUUGGCUCGGAGUGUGCCGAGCUCGAACGUCUUAUUAGUACCUCGGAUCUUGCGCCUGCAACUGUCGCCGCAUGUAAGAGUGCUUGCCAGGCUCUACAGUGGGCGUUCAACAUCCACGCCAGUCUUCCGGAUGACGACAAUAUUCACGCCGCCACUGCGUUCCCUGUCGUGAUUUCGGUCGAGUAUGUGGACGCACUGCGCAAACACCGCCCCGAGGCCCUCCUCGUUCUCGCUUACUACGGUGUCUUACUACAUCGAUGUCGCAGGUCGUGGAUUAUUGGUGAUGCGGGCGCGGCUGUUAUUCACCUCAUUUCAGACUAUCUGGGUAGUUUCUGGCAAGAGCCCCUGCGCUGGCCCAUGGAGGUGCUGCGUAUCGAGCAAGGAUGA